CGCAUUCAGAUCCAAUUUCCACAGGAGAUAAAAGGUAUCAAGAUGACCGGCGCCGCCGCUGCCAGAUCGUUUUUACGGUCAACUUCCGUCCGUAAUGCCGCCGCUAGAAUCUCCUCUGAAGCCAAAUGCAAAGGCGCCCCCUCUCCCUCUCCCUUUCGCUUUUCAACCACAAAACCUCUUUCUCAUCGCAUUUUCAGGUGUCCAGUUGAAAUGAGCGUUUGCUUGGAAACGAUGCAACCGUUUCAUACAGCUACUGCUUCGGCUUUGAUGACAUCUAUGCUCACUCUCUCUCGCCAAGGUUACGGUUGGCUUUCUGAAGGCAUUGAUGAUACUAGCUGAAGAUCAAGAAGCAAAACUUGGAUUUUGUUAGCUUGCAAUAAUGACUUGUGAUGAGUAGCAAGAGGAUGGAUUCAUGCAAAACUUCCUGUAGAACAUUCUGAAUGGAUUUCCAGAAGCAGCUUAAUUCAUCUUAUUGAUUAUGACUAGAGAACUCACAUUUACCUGUCUGAUUUAUACAUACACAUGCUUUAUAUGACAUUUCUGUGGAAACAAAGUUGUGCCAGCUUGUAGCUGCUAUGUGCAAUUGAUUCAAGAAAAGUUCAUGAAUUGUU